AUAAAUGUCAAAAAUCAAAAUUUAAAAAGGCAAUUGCCAAUAUGGCGACAGCGGUAAGUGAAUUCGAGCCGUGGUUAAUUGAAAAAUUAAGAUCAUUAAAAACAGAUGAAGGAGUAUUUGGAUCGUAUAUAUCUGGUAUUUUAGAGGGUGAGGAUAGUGUUGAUGAUAAGAAAGAUGCCCUCGAAGGUAUACUAUCGGAGAUAGUGGAAAAAGACAUUGCACAACACGUAGGAGAAAUAUUAGAGAAAUGGGAGUCUUGUCGACCAAAGGAAGAGGCUCCGAAACCCACAGCAGAUGUAGAUGCGCAGCUAGCGAAGCUUUUGGAAUCUCAGGCACUGGCGACCACCACUCGCCGCGAAUAUACCGAUGAGGAGAAAAAAAUCCGCGAAGCGAUUUUGUCACAGUACAGUCAGCUUUCUGAUAAUGAAGAAGACCAGGAACAUGAAGAAGUGGCAGACAGUUCAGAUCUAGUUAAGAAUACAAAUGUAGCAGAUGUAGCUGCUGCGGCUAGAGAGCGUCGUGAACAGGCGCGCCUAGAGGCACAAAAAAAGAAAGAAAAAGAUAAAGAAGACAGAGAGAAACAAAAACAACUAAAAGAAGAGAAAAAAGAAAAACGCAAGACACAAAAAGGCGAAAGAAAAAGGUAGCAAUAUAAACACAGGCACAAUAAACAGAAUGAGUGAAUGUUGCUUUUUAAACAUAUUUGUUACAGUGUCCUGGUUUUUUCUACAUUUUGUUUCAUAACUAUAUCCAUGAUUUGUUAUUUUGAAUCAAAAUUGUGACAUAGUUACUUUGGUAGUAAGUUAUGGUUCCAAAAAUAUGCAAUAUAUCCUACAUGCUAUUUAUAAAUAACUUGCACAAUACUUGUUGGUUUUGCAUUAUUGUAAAGUUAUGAAGUUCUUAUUGCUUAUAGAUUGAAAAAUAUGUCUUCAUUUAGUCAACAAAAUAAAAAUUUCAUCAAGUAUACAGUGAAGAAUAUAUGUACGUAUCUUUUUAAAAAUUAUAGCAAUGGCAGAACACCACACCUUAAGGCUGUUAGCCUGCACUUAUGACAAAAAAGCAAACAUAUAUUUAAACUAAAUUAUUGUUAAAACAUUAGCAUCAUAAAAUUUUUAUAAAAUUGCAUGGAACAUUUAAAUUAUGAAACAAAUUUGAAAAAAAGUUCUGCUGCCAGAUCCGCUCUUUAUGCUAAUUGCAGAUUGAAAAUUAAGAAGAGCUUAGUAAGACUGCUUGGUGCCGAAGUUCAAUUGCAUGACGCAUGCAUGAUACAACUUAUGCUCUGCAGUCUUAGGUUCCAAGACACAGUCGGGCAGUAAUAUAGGGUUUUUCUACUUAAUAUUAUAGUGGAGUCUGGUAUUUGUAUGUUAAAUGGCGAUAGUUUGACCCAUAUAGUAUAAUGGGAUGGAACACAUAAGUGAAUUGAUUGUUCUAGUAUUGUUCUAUCCUUUUGGGGAAAAAGGCUUGUGCGAGUUUAUGUGUAAGGUUUAGCUAAGCUCGCAUAGAUGGGGUUAAAUAUCUCGCAUAGUUUAGUUUCCAUAGUUAGCAGUCUCCACAAAGUAUGAAAAAAUAUUUCAACUAUGUUGGCAAAGGUAAACUAUAUUAGAGAUUAUUUAGUUUAGUUUUCAGUCUGCAACUGGCAUUACUUUUGGUGAAUAGUGGCAAUUAAAAUAUUUUUUAAAAAGGAAAUAAUUUCUAUAGGAAAAUACAGUAAAGUAACUUAAGUUCUAAUUGGUUCUCAAUGUAAUUGUAUACUGUACGCAUGUUUCCUAUUUAGUAAAGUUUAUUUGGUGUGUCUAAAUUUAUAUUGUUAGCUUGUUUGGUUAUUCAGGGUUGUGACACAAAUUACAAUAAGCGCCAGACUUUAAAAUUUAUGUUUUAUUACAUAGAAUGUUUGUGUGGGUAUCAUGCUAUACUUUUAAGUUUUAACUGAAUACAACAAAGCUUUUUCAGAUUCUAAUAAUUUAGAUUUUAAGACCAAAUGCAUCUUGAUAAAGAUAUGCUGUAAACUGCGGCAGGACAAUGUAACAGUGGAUUUCGCAGUAUUUUGUACCAUUAUUGAACAUAAUGGAUGUGUACAGUUAAAAACGAAAAUCCAUGCAUUCAGAACCCAAAAAUCAUCUCAUCAAUUACCAGAAAAAAUCAUCUAAAAUCGUAAAUGACUGUACAUACCUUUAUUAUGCUUUUAGUCAUUAUUAUAGUUGUUAUUUAUUACUAUGCAAUACAUGUGUAACAUUUCUAAUAAAACUACAUAUGUAUUU